AUGAACGCUCAGCUGUCGAUGGAGAACCUGGGCGAGUUACAGGGGGUGCCCCAUGAACAGUCGGUGUCAGCGGGAGAGCUGAUGAGCAGCCCGAGCCCACACAGCCGGCCGCUCGGCCACCGCGGCUUGCCUCCGUCCGCCCGUUCGCUGGUCUCCAGUAUGGCUUCGAUCCUGGACGGAGAUUACCACCGGGCCCCGGAGCAUGGCUUGGCCGGCGCUCUGCACCCUACCAUGACCAUGGCUUGCGAGACGCCGCCCGGGAUGAGUAUGAGCAGCACGUACACUACCCUGACCCCUCUGCAGCCGCUGCCUCCUAUCUCCACUGUCUCGGACAAGUUCCCCCACCAUCACCAUCACCAUCACCAUCACCACCAGCACCAACAACACCAACAACACCAACAGAGGCUGCCCAGUAAUCUCAGCGGCAGCUUCACUCUCAUGCGGGACGACCGAGGCUUGUCUUCCCUCAACAAUCUCUACAGCCACUACCACAAGGAAAUGCCAGGCGUCGGCCCCAGCCUCUCACCCUUGACCAACGGCCUGGGUACCCUGCACAGUAGCCAGCACGGCCUGGCACCGUACGGCCACACCGGGGGGCUGAGCACCGACAAGCUGCUGGCCACUCCGAACGGCUUCGAGGCUGCUCCGCCCGCCAUGCUAGCCCGCAGCGAGCAGCACCUGAGUCCCCCGGCCGUGGGCAUGGUACCCAUCAACGGCCUGCCCCCUCACCCUCACCCGCACCACCCUCACCCGCCUCACGUCCACCCGCACGCCCAGGGCCCCGGGCAGCAGGGCCUGGGCACCGCUCGCCUGGCAGAGCAGGGGGCACCGGCGGCGGUUAGCGGCGGCCCCCAGGCCUCUCAGGGCUCGCAGCUGGAGGAGAUCAACACCAAGGAGAUCGCCCAGAGGAUCACCACCGAGCUGAAACGCUACAGCAUCCCGCAGGCUAUCUUCGCGCAGCGGGUACUGUGCCGCUCACAGGGCACCCUGUCUGACCUGCUGAGGAACCCGAAACCCUGGAGUAAACUCAAAUCCGGCCGCGAAACCUUCCGGCGCAUGUGGAAGUGGCUGCAGGAGCCCGAGUUCCAGCGGAUGUCGGCUCUGAGGUUAGCAGCCUGCAAGAGAAAAGAGCAGGAGCACGGAAAAGAGAGGGGCGCCGCGCCUAAGAAACCUCGGCUGGUCUUCACAGACGUUCAGCGCAGAACUCUACACGCAAUAUUCAAGGAAAACAAGCGUCCGUCCAAAGAAUUGCAAAUAACCAUUUCCCAGCAACUGGGCUUGGAGCUGAGCACCGUCAGCAAUUUCUUUAUGAACGCACGUCGGAGGAGUUUGGAUAAGUGGCAGGAUGACGGCAGCACCAACUCAGUCAACUCAUCUUCCUCAUCAAGCACUUGUACCAAAGCAUGA